UUAAUAUAUAUUAAAUAAUUUUAUCUACAUGAUAAAUAAUUUCAUCUAUACAUAUUUUUACAAAUUGUGUGACGUAUUAGCUAUAGAAAAUAGAUCUCAGUAUAAAUAAGAAAUUUAGUACAUUCAUUUAUGCAUAAAGAAACUGUGAUUGAAAGAAAUUCAUAGUAAAAAAUUAAAAUGGAAGUUUUAAAUCAUUUCGAAAAUAUUGAUGAAAGUGUGGAUGAGAAUACAAUUAGCAAUGAUAAUGUUGGUGUAGUUUUAGAAGAAGCUGAAAUAAUAGAUUGUGAUACAGAAAUAGAAACUGUUACAGAAGAAGAUAAUAUACAGUAUCAAUUAUGUGAAGUAAAUAGGAAUGAUAAUACAGUAGCAUAUCGUGUAGUACAAGUUGGUGAUAAUCACAUAAAUAAUGCUGAAUUGUCAAUAGCUGCUCCAAUAAAUAAUACUGUUCAAGUUUUAACUUCACCUAUAAAUGGUCAAUUUUAUGUACUUAGCAAUGGUAAUGAAGUUGUUUCUUCAGAAUCUGCAAGAACAGUUGCACCACGUGUUAAACUUCAAAUAGAUAAUCCUCAGAAUAUUCUUACUAACAUUAAAAAGAGAGAUGAAAGAAGAAGAGUAACUCAUAAUGAAGUUGAGAGACGUCGUAGGGAUAAAAUUAAUAAUUGGAUUUCAAAAUUAGGAAAGCUUUUACCAGAGUGUGAACAAAGUACAACAGCUGAUGGAGAUGUAAAAACGAAUUUUGAGUUGCAGAGUAAAGGAGGAAUCUUGGCAAGAGCAUGUCAGUACAUUACAGAAUUACGAGAAAUACAGGAAAAUUUCGCACAAAGUUUAGACGAAAAUGCUCAGUUAUCAGAAGAAGCUAAAACUUUAAGACAAGUGGUAAAUCAAUUAAGAAAAGAGAAUUCCGAAUUAAAAGCACAAAUUUCAAAAAGUACUUAUAUACUUGGUACUUAAUUUCCAUAAAUACAUAAUAAAUAGUAAUAGAAAUUUGGAUUUUUAUUAUAAUA